CUUUUUAACAAACACCUAGUAUAAACAGAUCAUCAUCACUCUCUCUCUCUCACACACACGCAAGUCACACACAGCACCAUGCUUCACAGGAGGAGCCGCACGCUGGGAGGGAGCGCCGAUCGAGCUGCUGCGCGCCGAGCUGUCGCGACGAUGAAGGGCGGGAGGGGCAGCAAUGGCGCGGUCACGGACCUGCUCGUCUGCUUCCCGUCGCGGGCGCACCUCGCGCUCAUGCCGCCCAAGGCCAUCUGCAGCCCGUCGCGGCCGUCCGCGUCCGAGCCGGUGGUGAAGCGCCGCCACAGCACCAGCCGGGCGGGGCCGAUGCCGCCCAGCGGGCUCUACAAGUCGGCCACGGCCAGGAACCCGAGCCGGCGCGGCGCGGGAGAUGUCCCCGUGGACGACGAGCCGACGUCGCCCAAGGUGACGUGCGUGGGGCAGAUCAAGGCACGCCCGGCCAAGCCCAAGGGCCCCGGCGGCGGAAGCGGUGGCGGUGGCGGUGGCGGUGGGAAGAAGACCAAGAAGGCCACGUGGCUGCAGGCUCUGGGGAUCAAGAAGGACGCCAUGGCGCUCUUGGACGCCCUGCACGGCGCUUUCAGGUUCAACGUCGCCGGCUGCUUCGGCAGCUUCCCCGGCGCCGUGGGCGUGGGGUACACUUCCGGGGAGGACGAGGACGAGGAUGAAGACGAUGCGCCGCGCACCGAGAAGGAAACAGAGCACGGCGCGGCGUUGGCCCGGUGGUUCAUGGUGUUGGAGGAAGGCAAGAAAGUGUCUGCCAAGAAGCUGCAGGGACAAGACCCGGAACAGAGCCAGGAGGACGACAAGGAGGAAGAAGCGGUCCCGCCGGCGAACGCGCUGAUGCUGAUGCGGUGCCGGUCGGCGCCGGCAAAGGGAUUAGCGAGGAGGCUAGAGGCAGAGGAGUGCGAGGAUGUGAAGAGCGCCAAGAAGACUCCAGAGGAAGAGAAGGAGAAGGAGAGCCUUGUGCUCAUGACAUACUCGCCGGACUUCUUCAAGGUAUCCCUUGACAUUGCCAAGGAGACUUGGAUCGUCGGCGGUGAUGACGCAGUCCUGCGCUGCCGGAGCUGGAAGCGAUGAUCGCAGUGAUCAUUUCAACAAGGAAUGUAUGUGCCUUUUGUUUACCUUUUACUCCUUCGCUUGUUUUUUUUUUCUUCUCCUUUUUUUCGACCCUGUUGAGAAUUCUACUACUCUUUGCAUAAGGCUCGUGUGAAGGGUAUGAUCAGCACACAGCAGAAUUGGUUUAGCCAAGGCCACUGUAUUGGCCUCUCUGCAAAACAUUUCUGCUCUGUAAAUAGUGCUGUAAUGUCCCUUGUUAAAUGUUACCCAGGUAUACUUGGCCGGUGAUAUGCCAGACUGAAUAGUGCUUGCCUGUAUGAUGAACUUGACAGCUCAUCCUUUCGUGCUAGUAAAGUUUCUCUUUGGCAUUCAGAUAAAAUUCCCUAGAUGCUUUACUCUGUACUAA